GUCGUCGGUUAUAUGUGUGUGCGAAGUGAUUUUUUUUUUGGUACGCGAAGCGAAAUCUAAUUGGAAUUAAAUAAUGCACAGUGAAAUGGCAAACGAAACGAAAUAAAUAUAAAACGGCGCGUCGGUCGGGCCUCCCAAAAAGGAUCUGCAUAUUGCGGACCAGGGCUACGCAACGCUUACAUAAAAGCUAAGCCCAAGGCAAAGCUUUCGCUCUCCAAUCAAGCCCAACUAACUCAAGCACCCAAUUGCACAAAGGGUUAAGGAAAAAUCAAAGGAAAAGGAAAAAGGGAAGGCAGGCAGCAGGGAGGCAGGUGGAGUUGCAGCUGCUGCUGUUCGCUUGUUCGCUGUUUUGUAGUUUGCAAUGAGCGUGUUCAAUGACUUUCAACGUUUGUGGAUGCAACGCUUUCCACAAAGCUCACUCUCCGAUGCCUGGGAGCAAGAUGUGCGCGCCAGUCUCGAACGACACAAGAUCAAAAUUGCCGAAUUGAGCAAAGAACUCGAACAGGAAACACUGUAUGUGGAGUAUUUGGAGCGUUUGCUAUCGGAUGUGGAAAAGUAUCGUGAAUCUGGCGGUGAUCCCACAACACUCUUUGAGGCAGCUACCAAUCCAGGCGCAGCAGAUGCAGCCAAUGCACCCAGUGGGAGCAGCAACAAUGUUACAGCUGCUACUGCUGCAAAUGGCGCAACUUGCAGCGCAACUGGAAGUGCAAACGCGGGCGUUGACAAAGACUUUAAAUCUAGUUUGAAUCUACGCGAGGCAUCAACUGCGUCAUCGGGCGGCAAGGACAAGGACAGGCUGUCCUUGAGCACCGACAACAAAUACACACAGAACACACAGAACGAUGGAGGCGGAGGUGGCAGCGGUGGUGGAUUGAGCUCUGCCCCGCCGACGGGAAAGCGCAGCAUGACGGAGCACAGCUUCGAGCGUGAGGAUAAAAAAGACAGCGGCAACGAGAAGGACGCAAAUGGAGCGCUACAGCAGUGCAUCACUGAGCUGGCUGCCUCCAUUGGCACCGGUGCCCACAAGGCCAACGAACAAAGGACAACAGCACCGAAUGAUAACAAGCAGGAGGCAGGAGUUGCAACUGCGAGUGGAAGUGGAAGCGGAAGUGGAAGUGGGGGCGGAGAUGCUGACAAGGAACAGUCGCAGUCGCAGUCGAAGCCGCUGCGCAAGUCGACAUCACACUUUGUCACCGUCAUCGAGGUCAAGGAGGCCAAAGACAAAGACAUCGAUGAUGCUGCAGCAUCGACAACGACAUCGACGACGACGACGACGGUCAAUGACACAUCAUCAUCAUCGUCAGCAGCGAAUUCGUCGUCGUCAACAUCGACGCCACCAUCGACAUUCGCCCGACAUUAUCCCGAGCAGCGCAACAAGGCUGUAGAGGCGACGGCGCCACCAUUGUCUCCAUCGUUGGCCAUGUCCACAUCCGUCUCAGCGUCCGAGGCCAAAAAGAAAAUGCCACCCAGACCACCGCCAAAGAACGUGCGACGCGUCGAGCCGCCCACCAUUCCCAGCCAGCAACAGCAUCAGUUGUCAUCGUCGCCGAAGCGCGAGACUCCGUAUGUGGGCAGCACGAUGCCACUGCCUCCACUGGGGGCGAACAGUUCGGGCGAGAGUCCGGGCAGUUCGCUGGAGCGCAACAUUAAGCCAUCGGACAUAUUGCGGCAAAAGUCAUCGGAAAGUCUGGAGUCGAAGUAUACGGCCAAUCGCAAGACAACGCCCGAGCUGAGCAAGCUGGCCAACACACCCGAGCUAAUGGAGGAGCUUGGCCGCAAAAUGGUGGGCAAAACCGAUAGCUUGGAGCACGCAAAGCGCAGCGAUGCGUUGAGCACAACGAAUGGCGGCAGCCUGGGACGCACUGCAUCCACACCGGGGCGGGCGCUGACGCCACUCGCGGGGCGUGGCAACAACAUUGUGGGCGCCUCGCCAACGGGCAGUCUCAGCAAGACGGCCAAACUGGCGGCCGUCGACAGCAGCUCAACGAGCAGUCUGGAGAAGAAGUCGCGUGCCUCACUGCAGGCCAGCGAUGCGGAGACGGCAAGGAGCAAGGAAUCGCUUGCCUCGCAAGGCAUAUCGGAGGUGAUCAAGAGCUACGAGUCGGUGUCAUCGUUGAGCUCGGACAGCGCCAAAGCGGCGAACGCACAGCAGGCGGACAACGAGCCGUAUUAUGACAGCGUUCCGCUUGAUAAUGGCGAUGGCGAGUAUGUGUUUAUCAAGCCCGGACGCACUGGCUCCUCCUCCAGUCGCGACGAUCUGUCGACGCCGGGCAGCACGCUGCCGAUGGCACAGCUGAGCAGUCAGGCGAGCGUGACGGAUCCCGAAUCUCCCGGCCGUACCUCCAACUAUGUCAACAUUGACUACUUUAUUCAGAGCAACGAGACGCGCUCAAGCUCGCUGGACAGCGAUGGCGAGUUCGAAGGGCCGCCCAUCUUGCGGACCAUCUCGCAUGACGAGCAACAGACGACGAUGACGACGACGUCAUCAUCAUCAUCCACAUCACAGACGCCAGGCGCAUUACGCAAGAACUUAGUGUCAGCGAUACUUCUGUCUGGCAAUGCUCGUGGUGCCAAAAUACGUUCCAUACUGAGCUCCAUCAUCCACAGCGAAACGAUCUACGUGGAAUGUCUGAACAAGAUGAUACAGUACAAGCGAGCGAUACACGCGACGCUGGGCACAUCGCAGCCUGUGAUCAAGGAGGAGGAGGAGAAUACGAUCUUCUUUAAAAUCGAUGAAUUGCACGAGGUGCACACCGCAUUCCUCGGCGAUCUAAAGACAAUUGUCGCCCACGAGGGCGGCGAUGUGUUGAUCGGAGAACCGUUUAAGCGUUUGGCGGAUAUGUUUGACUUGUAUAGCGCAUUUCUGCAUAACUAUGGCCAGGCCAUUGAUACGGUGAAGAAGUGCAGCGCGAACAAUCCGCAGUUCAAGAAGAUUGUCUCAACGAUUGUGGUCAAUCUGCAGACGGAACAAUCGCUGACGCUGGAGGAUCUGUUGCACAAACCGGUGGCAAGAGUGCAAAUCAAUGCGCUGGUCUUCAACGAUCUGCUGCGCGAGACACCGGCCAAUCAUCCCGAUCAUCAGCCGCUGAAGCAGGCACAAAAGAACAUACAGAUCUUUCUCAAUCAAUUCAAUGUGGUUAAUCAACGUCUGCCAACGGAAUCGAAUCGCAAUCUGCGUCGCAUGGUCCGCAACUCGUUCAUUGUCGAGCUCGUCGAUGGCCAUCGCAAACUGCGGCAUUUGUUCCUCUUCAACGAUGUGAUUGCAUGCGCCAAGUAUAAGGCACUGGGGCGUGAUCGCAUCGAUUAUGAGCUCAAAUGGUUUAUACCGCUCAAGGAUGUCAAUGUCUACGAGGAGUCGGACAUGAGUGCCGACCUCAAGGAAUCUAGUCCCGCGAACAUUUCGCAAGUGAAGCGCAAUCUGCGCUCGGUGCGCGAUCAACUAAUACUCGAGUCGAAUGGCGUGCGCACCGGCGAUAAGUAUCGACGCAAGCUGGCGGAUCUGGAGUCACAGCUAGUGCUGGCCACGCCCAAUUUGGUGCUGCGACUGGGCAACAAGGCGAACAACAAGACCAUGACCUUCUUCCUCAGCUCGGACUUUGAGCGCACGCAGUGGAUGGACUCGAUAAUGUCGCUCAAGCAAAAGUGCAAUCUGCCUGGCGCCAACACGAUCAACUCGCUGGAGGUGACCGCUUUCAUUGUGGCCAUGCAGAAGGGCAUGAAGACUGAAAUGGGCUCGUAUCUGAUGCGCAAUACAAACGACGAGAGCCUGCUCGUUGGCGAUCUGCACAUGGCCAUUCAGGGACUGCAGGGAUUGGAGCAAGCGGCUGACUUGUACAUCUGCAUUGAGGUCGACUCGUAUGGCCAUUAUUUCCGCAAGGCCACCACCAAGAUGAUCUGCCGCAGCCAGUGUCCGCUGUGGAACGAGAGUUUUAUGCUCGAGCUCGAGGGCAGUCAGAAUGUGCGUGUCUUGCUCUACGAGGCGAAGGAGCGACCGCUGCUGCGCGCCAAGCACAUACUCAAGCUGAGUCGCAGCUGGUUGACGGAGACGACACAGACGCGCAGCAUCAAGCUGAGCGAGACGCUCGAGCUGAGCGCCAGCUUCCGCUUUGUGCCCGGCGAACUUUGUCGCGCCACCACAAAGCCUGGUGCGCUCUUUGGUGCCAAAAUGAGUCAAGUAUUAAAGCGCGAAAAACGCGACAUUCCGUUCAUCAUCAGUGCCUGCAUACGGGAAGUAGAACGACGUGGCAUGCUCGAGGUGGGCUGCUAUCGCGUCAGCGGCUCUGCCUCCGAUCUGGCCAAGCUCAAGAAGGCCUUCGAGUCGGAUGCCUAUGAGGCGGAGCAGCUGCUGCGCGAAGUCGAUAUACAUUCGGUGACGGGCAUACUGAAGACAUUCUUGCGCGAACUGCCCGAGGCACUCUUUUCGGAUCAGUUAUAUCCGCGCUUCUUCGAAACAUUCAGUGCAUUCAGCAACAACAACGAAGCCACACGCAUCAACGAGCUGCUCAAGGUGUACGAGGAGCUGCCGCAAGCCAACAAAUCCUCCAUCAAUCUGAUACUCGAUCAUCUAAUCAGGGUGCACGAAAAGGAGGCGGACAACAAGAUGUCGCUGCACAAUCUGGCAAUGGUCUUUGGUCCCACAUUGCUGAGACCAGGACAGACGCAGGUGAAGCAAAAGGAUCCGCUAGCAGCGAGCACCGUGGAUGCCAUGGCACAGGCGGGCAUACUCUACUGCUUCCUGCAGGCGCGCAUCAGAAAGGAUUAAGAAGGCAGACAUUGAGGCGGAGUCCGCGUCUUUGACUUUACUCUGCCGCACACACACAGAAGAAAUAUUUACAUAUGCAUAAAACUCUAUGGCCUAUGCUUCAAACGCUCACACAUCCCGCCCCCCGGUCCAAAACUCACACACACACACACAGAUGAUUUGUUGGUCAAUCGAGUCGAUAAGCAAAAGUGAACAAAAGUGCUCAAAAUCGAGCCCCAAAUCAAUGAAUCGAUCGACACAAACACACACACAUGAUGUACAUGCGUAGAAGAGUGUCCAACACUAUUUGCUGCUAAUCCCGGUUCUAGUGUCCUGUGCGAGGACACUAGACAUCUUCCCCAAACUCCCCCAAUGGCUUUUAGCUGCUUUUGCUCGUAUAUUCUUAGAAGACAAACAAAACAAAUUGCAGGAGAAGAACAACUACUAUAUGCUUUAUCGAUAUACAACAAAAAAAGGAACAUAUAUACAAUAAUAUAUAUAUAUACAUAUACAUAGGCGCAGCACAAGCUCCCCGGCCCCUGGCCCCGCCCCCAUCCUGCUUAUUGCAACAAUUGCAUAAUUAAUACGAUGGAUAAGAAUGAGAAUCAGAAUGAAAUUGAGAAUGUGAGAGAGAUAAUGGCAAAUAUUUUCAAUAUUACGAGUACACACAAUAUACAUAUACAUACUAUAUCUAUAUUCUAUAUAUAUAUAUAUAUACAUAAAUAUAUAUAUUUAACUACUACUUAGUAUACUAUACAUAUUACUAAACACACAAACAAACAAAACAAAAAAGGAAAUGCAAAGUCUAUAGUUUGCGGCAAGAGAAUAUUGAUGAUAAUGGUGUAAUAAUGAUCACGGUAAUGAUGAUAUAUGUAUGUGUAUGCUUAAAAGAUUCUGUUUUUUUUUUCGUCUUGUUUUGUAUUAAUUACUUAGGUUUUAUAUAAACAGAAACGUAAAAUAAAGUAAAAUAUAUUCUA